AUGAGAAUCGAAAAGUGUUAUUUCUGUGGUGGUCCAGUUUAUCCAGGUCAUGGUGUUAUGUUUGUUAGAAACGAUUGCAAGCAAUUCCGUUUCUGUGGAUCAAAAUGUCACAAGAACUUUAAAUUAAAACGUAAUCCACGUAAGACUCGUUGGACUAAAGCUUUUAGAAAGCUUAAUGGUAAAGAAAUGACUGUUGAUAAGACUUUAGAAUUUGAAAAGAAACGUAAUAGACCAGUUAAAUAUGACAGAGAAUUAAUUAAUCAUACUAUCGAAGCUAUUGCUAAAGUUGAAAAGAUUAAAGCACGUAGAGAAAUGACUUUCUAUAAAAAUAGAAUGCACGGUGUCAAAGCUAUGGAAAAGAAACAAAAAUUAAAAGAAAUCAAUCAUGGUGUUAAUCUCAUUUAUGCUCCAAGCGCUUUAGUUAAAAUACAAGGUUUACUCAAACAAAACGAACAAAAAAUCGAAUCUUUAACCACCACCAAAAUGAAGCAAUAA